AUGUUAAAACGCCAUCGGAGUGGGAAAAAAGAGAAGAAACCUAAAAAGAAGAAGAAGCGGAAGGUGGCUAACGAUAAUCCGAACAGCAUACACUUGAAGAAAGUAGGAUUGAGUCCCGAAUUACAAGAAUUCUUAAAAGUGGAAGAGAUGCCCAGAACACAAGUCGUUAAAUCUGUUUGGGACUACAUUAAGGAGCAUGACCUUCAGAACCCGGAGGACCGAAGGGAAAUCAUAUGUGAUGAUGCCAUGAAACCCAUUUUUGGUGAGAAGAUGACCAUGUUCACGUUGAAUAAAAUACUCUCGAAGCAUUUAUUCAACCUUGCAAAAUCAGAAAAAGACGAAAUCACUGAACAGCAUAGCGACUUAGAGCCUUGA